GACUUCCUUCAUAGCGCAGUUCUGCCCGGCAGAUAGAAGACAACGGGAGAUCCGCUCCAGGCGCCCGAGUAUUUUGAACUUAGUGGAAGACUAUGCACGGUUGCUGAGGGGGCAGAGGGGCGUGUUCAGGGCUCAGCAUGCAGAGCAUCAAGUGUGUAGUGGUGGGAGACGGGGCGGUGGGGAAGACCUGCCUGCUCAUCUCUUACACCACCGGAGCGUUUCCCAAGGAGUACAUCCCCACCGUGUUUGACAACUACAGCAGCCAGGUGACCGUGGACGGGCGCUCCAUCAGCCUGAACCUGUGGGACACGGCAGGGCAGGAGGAGUACGACCGGCUCCGCACCCUCUCCUACCCACAGACAAACGUCUUCAUCAUCUGCUUCUCCAUCUCCAGCCCCGCCUCCUACGAGAAUGUCAAACACAAGUGGCACCCAGAGGUUUCCCACCACUGCCCCGGGGUGCCCAUUCUCCUGGUGGGCACCAAGAGCGACCUGCGGAAUGACGCAGACACCAUGAGGAAGCUGAAGGAGCAGAACCAAUCGCCUGUCACGCAUCAGCAGGGCGUGGCUCUCUCUCGGCAAAUCCACGCCGCUCGCUACCUGGAAUGCUCCGCCCUCAACCAGGACGGGAUAAAAGAUGUGUUUGCAGAGGCAGUCAGGGCUUUUCUCAACCCCCAACCCACAGCCCACAAGAAAUCAUGCAUUCUGCUGUAGGGAGAGAGGGCUGGGUGCGGAUUCGCAGAGGACAGGAAGGAGGGGUGUGGGUGAGAGAAAUGGUGAGAGAAGGGACGGAAAGAGCGAGAGAGACCCUGUUAGACCUGAAAUACUGUGGACGGAGAUAUACAGGGUUAGUGUUUAAUAGGGUUCAUUCUAAAUCUAUCAAGAAAAAAAUGUCCUUCUUGUUACUGACUGGGUGUUUAUACAAUUGUCACUGCCCCAGAAGAAGACCAGGGAGAGAGAGAGAGGCGCCAAAAAACAAAUCUCCAACAUUAGAGGUCAAGUUGAGUUAGCCCCAAGAAAGAUGUAAUCAUGGAAAGAUGUAAAGAUUGUCACUUUAAGUGCUUAAUGAGUAGCAUUGCUCUGCAAAUGACGAAUUGCCAAAGCCUCCCACCUUUUAGUCAGUUCUGAUAGGCCAGAGCAGUGACACUUUCUGUCUUUACUUGUGACUGAUUGGUCAGUGGAGAUUGGGGGGGGGUGUUCACAGAGGUGAAGCAUCUCUAAAGCAGACACACAUAAAACAGUGUGGGACCAAAAACAUCCUUCUACACCACUGACUUCUAUGUAAACACCUGCGCUCUAAUGUAAAGGUAUCCUAACGUCACAGUCUGCCGACCAGCCUCAAGCAUCUCCCUUUCCUCGCACUUCCUGGUCUUUCCUGGUCUUUCCUGGUCAAGGCUGAACCCAGCUGUGCGCUCCCUAACGACCACUCAUCCCUUAGCUCUGCGAUAGUGACAUUUCAAAAGGCAGAAUCACUAGAACUGGGCAGCUGUUCCGUAGAGCAGGAACACGUUCUCCAUCAGGGUUUCUCUGGGAGGAAGAGGGCCUUCUCGUCUUCCUCCAAGCCUGUGGUUCCGCCCCCAGACCUCCAGUAGCGACCUGACCCACUGGAACCUGCACGUCUCCCCUCUGCCCCCCCCUACCCCGCGUCCCAUAGCCCCGUCCACUUCCUGUGAGCUGUGCUUGAAAGCACCUUCUUAUGUAGAAUAUUUAUCAAAUCUGUAAUUUAUGUUUGUUUUUCUAACACGAUUUAAAUAUUUUUGCUAAUUUGUCUAUGAACAUGCAAUGAUACAACAUAAUCAAGUGUCUGACUGUAGGAGUCCUUGCUUCCGAAACAUCGUACAGUUGAUAUUAAACUGAGAAUUAAAUUCCUGUAAUUAAAAUCCUACCAUGA